AUGGUAAUGCAAGGAAAAGAGGUGGGCAGUAUAAUCGGUAAGAAAGGCGAUAAUAUCAAGAAGUUUAGGGAAGAGAGUGGGGCCAAAAUUAACAUAUCAGAUGGCUCAUGCCCAGAGCGAAUAGUUACUAUCACAGGCUCUUUAGAGAGUAUUAAUCGAGCCUUCACAAUGAUUUGUAAAAAGUUUGAAGAGGAUCUUCAGAAUACACCCACGGUGCCUAAGCCUCCUGUUACUCUCCGAUUGGUUGUGCCAGCAAGCCAAUGUGGCUCUUUAAUUGGAAAGGGAGGGUCAAAAAUUAAAGAAAUUAGAGAAAGCACAGGUGCCUCUAUUCAGGUAGCCAGUGAAAUGCUUCCCAAUUCUACCGAACGGGCUGUGACAAUAUCAGGGACGGCAGAUGCCAUUAUACAAUGUAUUCAAAGCAUCUGCUCUAUCAUGUUGGAAUCCCCUCCCAAAGGAGCAACCAUCCCAUACCGUCCAAAACCUGUAAUGCCUCCAGUGAUAUUCGCUGGUGGACAGGCAUAUACCAUUCAAGGACAGGUACCAGUUCCAAAUCCUGAGGUCAGUAAAUUGCAUCCACAAUUUUCCUUGGGUCAGACAGUACCAGUUAUUCCAGCGGCAUCUCAGACUUUGUUACCAGGCGCCUGGUUGCAGUCUUCAAGUUCAAACAUGAAUUUCAGAGAGCUUUCCUGUUGUUCACUGGCAUCUGAUCAACAUCAGCCUUUACUCACUCACUCCCUCCACCCAUAUUCUGGUGUGCAGGAAUCAUCGACGCAAAGCCCUAUCUCUAUUCCAGGUGUUUCACCGGUCUCGUUCUCUCGGCCGAAUAAUGCAGCAGCUGCUGUGCCCAACAGUCAACAGACUAGCGAGAUGUCAAUACCAAAUGACUUGAUUGGAUGUAUUAUAGGACGGGCCGGUCAGAAGAUCAAUGAAAUUAGACAACUUUCAGGUGCUACAAUUAAGAUUUCCAAUGCAGAAGAAGGUUCUUCUGAUAGGAAAGUCACUAUAACUGGUACUCCAGACACAAUUGGAUUGGCUCAAUAUCUCAUUAACACCAGCAUGGAAAUGCAUAAGAAUUUGACCCUUGACCCGGCCUCAACCCCAACAACCACGUCCUUGACCUCUGUUCAGUCCCAUCAUCCCUUGGCCAUCCCGCUGAAUCAGUUGAUGAAACCAGUGCCGUAUUUAAAUGUUGCAAGCAUAUACGACCUGAGUAAUGAUCGCAAAAAUUUUACGGCCAAAAUGCGGGUUGGGUCACUCUUAUUCUCUCUCUCUCUCUCUAUCUCUCUCUCUCUCCACCGUGUUCUGUGUGAACUACAGCGUUUGAGCACUAACCAGACUUGUGGUGAUGUCGGAAUGUUUUUUUCUUUUUCCCUUUCAAGUAGAAGUUUAGUCGCAGCACCUGUUUCUUUUUCUUCUUUACCAAAAAAAAAAAAAAUUAAAAUAAAAUAA